GGAAAGCAAAGCUCAGCGCCGAAAAGAAAGAGAAGCCCAUGGAUCCCGCCGAUGACUCGGUCGGACUAACUCAACUGACCACAUGGGGCCCUCCAUCCCUCCCAGCGGCGAAUCCGGUUGUUCGGAAGGAGCAAAGACAAAAAGAGGUACCAUUUGGCUGCUCCAUUCUUUACUUCUUACCAAAGUACUUUGCUGCAUUGUGAGUGGUCCUCCUGGUCCAUCCUUGAAUCCUUUGACCGUUGAUCGAUCGCCUCCCGCUGCGGAUUGGUUGCUUUUUUCUCACACGGCCGAACUACCAUAGUACUAUUUUAAUCCACGUUCGGGGGCGAUACCCGGUCUACGCAGUAAGGUUAUCAAUCAAACCGGUCGGAAAUUGACAUAAUGCAGAGGUCGUCGUGUGAAUUACUGAGGGAAGGGGUCUCACAUACUAGACACACACCCUCGCUCUACGCAGUGUCGGUCAUCUUCCCCGGUGAGAGAUGGUAUUUGCAAUAUACAGCAAUAUACAAGGAAGAAAUAGAUUACCAGACAGAUUUCCAUUAGUCGACAAAAGUGAUGAUUCGAUGGCGGACUUGCUGGCGCC